AAAUAAAAGGUUACUAGAACAAAAUGGAAUAUAGACCACUACGUGCAGACAAAAGAAGAAAUAUCAUACACAACGAGAAUGCGACGAGGUGAUGGAUGACCCAUACACGUGACAUACAGCAAGCCAGAUGACAGGCACAUGACAAGUUGGAAAAGGAACUUUUAAUUAGGUGCGUCUGCAUGCAUAACGAGCAAUAGUUAAAUCGAUCGAUUAUCGGGCGAUAAAUCGAUAGUUGCAAGUAGGAGAAAUCUGGCAGUGGCCCGAUUACUAGAUUUCCGUUGUCGUUACCCAAUAGUUGUACUCGAGUAAAAAUCUAGUAAUCUAGAUGAAUCGGACUACACUAGACUUUUUUUCUUCGCUUUGUUUUGGGUAGCUUUUGUUGUUAAUAUUAAUCAUACCCAACGGCAACAAGUACUCAUGAAAUUAUUCAACUAAAUGUUGCGUUAAAACAAAACGGUAUUGAACAAUUACAAAAAUAUGUUGAUAAUGAACUUAUUAAUCCAGAAUCAAUUAAUUACGAUAAAAUUAAAUUAGCAGCAAGUAGUCUAACCGUAGUAGUUUCAUCGGGUGAUGGUGGUACAAGUAAUGUUGCUUUUACUAACAAUGAUAUUAGCGGUGCUGAUCCGACAUGCGCACUGUUUUUACCUAUUUAUUUAAGUUAUUCACAUUAUGCUGUUAGUGUAGGUGCGCCGCUUCAAACUAGAAAUUUGAGCGCAUUCAAUGAUAUUCUUUAUGGUACAAGUAAAGACGGAGUUCGUAAAGUACACUCAGAACCCUUUGCUGAAAGAUGUCCAACACGAUUUCAUGUAGCAGUUGGAUGGAAUGCAGUUUCGGGAUAA